UAAUACAGUAAAUUACACGGUUCUCACAAGAUUCGCCCGGCUAAUAUGUACGCGCAGGGAAAACUCCUUUUAAGUGGAAGUAGAUUUAUGGGUUGACGCUUUUUCUGACAUUCGUGUCAGGAGCCAAGCUAGUACAGCAUACUGAAUCCAGUUUGUUGCUCUCACUUCCUUCCCCCGCUGUAGUGGAGUAAGUGAGUAGAGGGGAACAGCUGCACUCGUCGCCGACCUGUUUUUAGUCCCAAAGUCUAGCGUUUUAGUUGCACGAAUGUAACACAUGGUGUUAUUUCAUCGUUGGGUGGCUCGACGACAAAUUUGUCAAGCUAAUGCUAAGGCUAGGUUGCCUGAGUGCUAGCUAAGUUAGCUAACACCGUGUUGUUCUCGCUACAAUUGAGUUCUUUAAUUUGAGUCGUUCCUUUUGAUAUGACACACAGGAAAGAAGUAUUCCAAUUGAAAGUACUCCAGAAGCUUUACCCUGCUGCCCCUAAAUUGGAGAAGGAACCCUCCUCACCAUGCAUACAAGUGGAUACUUUGCUAGAGAAAAAACUCGUGAACAGAAAAACAUCUCAUCAAGAUAUUCCUCACAGUAAUCCAGCAGUGACAUCAAGCACGGGCAUUCAAAGCAGGCGAAUAUACACGGUUCUACCUCCUCCUGAAGACUAUCAGGCAGAUUCAGUGGAAUCUGUCACACUACCUGAGCUCGAGACCAUAAAUAACGUAGAGGGUCCAUCUGAACAUGGCGUACAGGAGUCCAGUGAAGAGUUGGACGAAGCGGUAGCAACAAUUGAAGAAAAGAAAAGAAGAAAAAGGAGACUGAAAUUUCAUGGAGAGAAAGCUCCUACUAGUACUGUUCAAAAUGGGACACCAACGGAUGAGGAAGUAGUGCACAUUAGCCGUAACAAGAAGAGGAAACUGAAGAAGAAACGGCACAAAGAGAAGAUGCUCUCAAUGGGUUUGAUGCCUCGGGCUUCUGCAUUGGAAUUCACAUAUGAAAGAGAGAACGACGAGGCAGAGGUGGAAGAAAAUGGGAUUAGAGCUUCCGAGGUGGCGGAUUUCCUCAGGACCACAAUGGAAAUCUAUAAAUCUGAUUCUUUACUGCAUGCAGAGAAGCUUCCUCAGCUAUCUAGUGUGUUGGAGAAUCUUUUGAGUAGUAUCAUCAGUGGAAGCAGGCCUGCCUCUCUCUUGAAUCAUCUCUACGCUCUCCAGCAAUGUAUUCAACACGAGAACAAAGACAGACUGGAAAAAGCACUGCAGAACCUCUGUAACAACACCAUGAUGGCAGCAGAGGAAACCACUGCUGUUGCAACAUUGUUCCAAUACUGGAUAACAGACAUUCUUCCCAUCAAGGAAGGCAAGGAGACAAAACUCUCUUGAGUCUUAGUCAUUCAACAACAUCAUGUAAGGAUUAAUGCUGUGCUACUUCCUUUUGAAUUGUUCUUAAUUUAUUUAGUCUUUGUCACGCCAUGAUACUAUGUCAAUAAUUUUAUUUUUUGUUUAGUUUCUGGAAUUAUUUUUCCUUUAUCAGAAAUAAAACAAAGCAUUUUGUUCAU